CGAAUGCGCAACUCGUCAACGUUAUUCUUUGUCACGGUUACCUACCUUACCUAGGUACGGAUAGGUAGGUAGGCAGGCAGGCUAUGACCUUGAGAGGUCUGCUUCUGUUUCUAGGCCAUUCCAUGCCUACCGAGGGGCCGAGACACGCAAUGAGACAGCACCCCGAGGGUGCGAGACGGCACAAAAUCCGUAAUGGCAAACAGUUCAGGACAUCAAGGUCAUGUUCAAUCCAUGCAAUAGGAGACGAUACAAUGGCAAGAAAGUAAUACAAGGUCUAGAAUAGGUAGCCGUUCUCUCCUCCUAAUCUCCCAGGUAUUUAUUUGCUGUUAAGCUCAGCGGCCUUGGCGCGACGCUCCUCCUUGGUGCCCUCCUCUGGGACGUUCAGGUCCUGCUUGAUGGCAGGGCCGGGGUUCGCCGUGAAGGCCUGGAACUUCUGCUUGACAUCGUCGGCCAUCUCCUUCAUGCGACCGCCGUCGACCUGGAUAUAAGAGUUAGGAAACGGUAAUUAAUUUGAU